UACCGACUGGAACCAAGUUAUGGCACAAUAUGGAAGUUAUCUCUCCGAGGAUGAUGCCACUCAGUUUCAGAACACUGCAUUUGCUCCUACGCCUGAGAUACCAGCCCAGGGAUCACCAGCACCACCUCCUGUGAAGAAGGCUCCUCAACGCACAAAGCUAGCAAAUUUCACGUCUGAAGAGGAUAUGAGGGUUUGUCAAGCUUGGUUGGCUGUGAGUUGUGAUCCCAUUGUCAACACUGGUCAGAAGCGUCAAGGAUUUUGGAAUCGGAUUACAGAGGCAUACAACUCUCGCAGAGGAUCAAUGCCAGAGAGGUCUACAAAAUCUCUCAUGAGCAGGUGGGACAGUAUCAAAACUCAAUGUUCUACAUUUGCUGGAUACAUGAUGGCUGUGCUUCGACAAAACCCAAGUGGCAUGACUGAUGCAGAUAAGACAUCUCUUGCGGCUACUCGGUUUGCUGCUGUUGAAAAGAAGCCCUUCCAUUUCUUACAUUGUUGGUCCAUAUUGAAGGAUCAACCAAAAUGGAUGGACCAGCACAUGGGUAACCAGAUUCCUCCACCGAACCCUAUUGGAACCCAAUCCAAUACUAUUGACUUAGAUGGUGGUGAAGACUCAGCUCCAUCAAGUUUUACUUCGAAGAGACCGCUUGGUCGUGAUUCAGCCAAGGAAAAGGCAAAGAAGCAAAGAUCAGAGAACACAUCAUCCACUGAUUCGGAGUACCUAACACGGAUGGGUGAGCUUUCUUUGGAACGGUUAUCUGUGUACAAAUCAGUAGCUUCAACUGAGGAGAAGAAGUUGGAGUUCAUGAAGAAACAGGAGAGGCAGAAACUCAUAUUGGAGAGGAAGAAGCUUAAUCUAGAGAAGAUGAAGAUGGAACGACAAAAGGUGAAGGAGGAGACGGAACAGGAGGUACUGAUAUUGAGCAUGGAUUUGACAAAAUGUAACCCCCUCCUUCGACAGUACUAUGAGGCGAAACAACAGGAGAUUCUGGCAAGGGUGACUGGAAGCUCGUCGUCAAGCAAGUGAAUGUUCAUGAAGACAUUGUAGUGUUUGAGGAAGUAAUGUUAGUUGUUUUCGAAAACAAGUUUAUUUACAGCACUUGUGCACUUGACAUUUUCCUGUUGUGUCAUGGUUUGGAGAACAAGUUUAUGUUUCUGCACUUGUAAUUUUUUUGAGAAUGAAGAACAAGUUUAUGUUUCUGCACUUGUGCAUUGUAGGGGUUGUACAAUAAUGUUGUUGCAUACAAAUAGUAGACUUGCUUCAUCAUAUUGCAGUAGUUGCAUUCCACCAUUACACAUAAUAGCUUGGGACAAACAUAACCUAGGACAUUACUGCAUACUACCUUCAGACAAACAGAACAUACGACAUUACACAUGACACUACGACAUUUUAUUGAUGGUACUAACAUAAACUACAUACUUAAGUAGCUCCCGAUCCAAGCCGCGCCCAGUGGUGGUGGAUUAGAUCAACCUGCAACUGAUUAUAUUUAACUGCAUCAUGUAGUUGGUCGUACCUAUUGUUUAUGAACUCAUUGCGCUCGGACAUGGAACCAUGAGAGGUGUCGGCCAAAACUCCGAUGUUGUCGAAGCUUGUGUUCAAAGACGAAGGACCUUCAUCUUCUACGAUCAUGUUGUGCAAGAUGAUGCAAGUUUUCAUGAUGUCUCCAAUGUGUUGUGGAGACCAACCAUAUGCAGGACCACGAACUAUGGCCCAUCGCUUCUGUAGUACUCCAAAUUGUGCAUCCGUGUACACCGGUUGCGCGCAAAAGUAGUCGGCUCGGAUUCUUGCAUCACCGCUGAUAUGGUCACGAUGGAUGCGAACACGCCCGGGAAUGGAACCAGCAUACCGACGCUCGUUAAGUGCACGACGCCUACGAUGUUGGUACGUCGCAACCUCGAGGUCAUGGUCUUCAUCUUCCAUGUCUUGCGCCAUGCGAACAAAAAUAUUGGAAUCUAUGAACGGGUUCAUUGUUGU